UUAAAGCACAAAUCAACGGCCUGUUCUAGCUGCAGCUGCUUUCAAAUCUUCCCUUGCUCACUAGUUGCUCAUGAGCCUGUUAUUUGAUGGUCCUGAUCUAAACUAAACAGAUCCUGACAGUUGCAAGGUUUAAAUCAGUACUCAAUUUUGAUCCUGGGAUUUCUUUUUUCCUUCAAAUUCUGGCAGAAUCUUUUUCCAUGCAGAUCUUGCACAUCAGUCGCACAUGAGGUUUGAUCUAUUGGCCUUGCUCUUGAUCCUGAUCUGAAGGCACGCAGAGUUUGAUCAUGCAAUGCUAUCUAUCUGCGGCCUGGUCAGAGUUAGGCGAUGCAUCCUAUAAUUAAGCAGAGCCAGUGGAGACUGGUAAUGGUAAUGCUCGCCUUGUUUCUCUCCUCAUCUCAACCUGCACCUCACAGAAUACAAGAAGCAGCAUCAGGUUCCAGCUCUGAAGGGACUUGGCGACGAUGGACGCAGACGUGCCGCCGCUGGAGGUGUCGCCGCGGGCGGGCGGGCGGCGGUCGAAGCCGUGGAGCCGGAGCAGCAGCAUCGGCCGGAACAGCAGCAGCAGCGGGAGCAUCGAGUACACGAGCCUCCGCGACGUGCUGGAGGAGGAGGGCGGCGGCGACCGGGACCACCAGCACCACUGGCGCGGCCGCGGGAGCUGGGGCGAGUACUCGUGCCACGACAUCCACGACUUCGACGCGUCCAACAUCGGCAUCCGCAACCAGCUGCUGAAGCACGCCGCGUCGGCGUACCUGCAGUCGGCCGUGGUCGUGGCGGCGGGGCGCGACCAGGGCUGCUGCCUGGCGCGGCUCUGGCGGCAGGCGCAGCUCCGCGGCGGGGGCGGGCGGAGGAGCCGCGGCGGGCGCGGCCGCGUGCUCAUGCGGGCCUGCUCGUGGCAGGGGUGCGUGGACGACCCCGCCGAGCUGUGCGCCGCGUUCGUGGCGCGGUCGGCGCGGCGCGUCGCCGCGUUCGUCGCCGGCAUCUGGGCCUGGUAACUGCUAGGCCACAGUUUCUUGCAGCCAAACUCAUUCACCUGCAGCAGUAGCUGAUUAAUGCGUGAUCACCGCAGUUUUUUUUUUUCGAUUUGUUGCUGUCGUCUCUUGCGUGUGUGCAUCAUGCGUGUUAAUUGUGAGAUGUUGUCAGAUAAACAUGGGGGCUGAUUUUGAUUACUA